GUUUUUGUUUGCGUGUUUGUGUGCGUGAGUGCAAGUAUUUGCUUAUUCUGGAGAUUUUCGACAGCUAAGUACAUCAUCAUCAGCAGUGUCCGAAAAACAAACAGAAGAAACCGCUUCGGGUGCGCAAAUUCGUGUGAUUUUUCGCCCCCGAUUGCGAGUUAAAAUAUCAGCGCGAAGUGCAAGCUCUCAUAAACAUUGGACUAAUCAAGAUGGGCGGCCAGACAGGGCGCUAAUUAGCCGCACGGCAGAAAGAGCGCAAAGGAAGACAGUGUAGUGAAAAACACACACACAUACAAACAUAAUAAUAUGUAUGGAUGUAAAUAACUGUACGAAAAUCGGAUCGAAAGGAGAAACGGAGAACAAGAAACCGUUUCUCAACAUGGGAUUCGGCCACAAAGCUGUCGGUCUGAUGCUUUUGGUGAUCACGGCCUGCUGCGGCGUGGGUGCAUCUGUGUCUGCUCCAGGCACGGAGCACGAGUGCACCAGCAUCGAUAUCCGUAACGAAUGCAGCAAAAUGCACCUGCUGGACAACUGCACCGUGAUUACCGGCUAUGUGAUGAUCACGCUUAUAACCACUCCUCCUUACUGCAACUACUCAACGUUUAAGUUUCCAAUGCUAAGGGAAAUUACCGAAUUUAUGAUAUUCACGGAGGUGCGAGGCCUGACCCGCGUCGAUGAAAUGUUCCCAAAUCUAACUGUUAUACGCGGCCGUCGCCUGUUUCUUAACUACGCCCUGGGAGUGACCAGUAUGCUGGACUUGGAAUACCUGGAAUUCCCCUCGCUGGUGGCUAUACAACGCGGUCAUGUAUAUAUAGGAAAUUGCCCCAAACUUUGUCAGCACGAGGGGGUUAAUUGGGAUCUUUUGACCCUUAGCCGGGGAGAGAAUCACAUCAUGGUUGGAUCCAGUAAAUGCAAUGCAAGUGUUUGUAGGGGAUGCGACUCCUCCUACUGCUGGUCAACGUUCAAAUGUCAGCGCUCCCAAAAUGACAAUGUCGCCCAUUUUAAGGUAAAAGUCGAUUACUGCCAUGACGAGUGUCUGGGCGGAUGUCACCGAAACGCAUCAGCAAGCGACUGCCAAGUCUGUCGCGCAAUCAGCGAUGGAGGCGUCUGUGUGAAAAAGUGCCCCGCACACAAGUAUCUCCUGGAGCAAUAUCAGCGCUGCUAUACCGAGGAGGAGUGCGUGAAAAGGCACAACCACUAUACAUUCGGUGCUCAGUGCGUCGGCUUCUGUCCAAGUGGCUACAAGGCUAAUGAGAGGAACGAAUGCAUCCGCUGUGGUCAGAAGGAGGCAUGCAUCAGUGUGUGCUCGCCCGAACCGUCAAACAAUGCCAUCACCAUUUACAAUCUGGGGGACGCAGAGGAGCUUCGAGGCUGCCAGAUAGUGAAUGGAAGCCUGAUUAUAACUAUACGCAAUCAAGUGAACGAGACGCAGCUCAUCCAGAGCCUGACCAGCGUACGCGAAAUACGUGGACACCUUAAAGUAUAUCGAUCGUCCCAGCUGCGAAGCUUGAAAUUCCUCAGCAAUUUGGAGCGGAUUCAUGGAGAUCCUCUGGAGAAUCGGCAAUACGCUCUUAUACUAUAUGACAACAAGCAGCUGAGCGAACUUUGGAAGCCGGAGAGUAAGUUGCAGUUCGUGCAGGGUGGCAUGUUUAUGCAUCGCAACAAUAAGCUGUGCAACACCCACAUGAAGGAGUUCCAAGGCGUGGUGGUUCACGACAGGUCACUGGAUUCAUUGCAGACUAGCGACCAAGAGGUUCUCUGCAGUCCAUCAAAGUUGUUGUUAACUGUACAAAAACGCACACAUCGCACUGUGAAACUCAGCUGGUCCAAGUCCGAGACCAGCCUUGAGCUUGAAUUGAUUCACAGAAAAUUGCCACCAGGGAUAUUUUAUCCAGAGGAAAGCGAACUGGAGGCGCCAGUGUGCAUACGAAUCAAUUGGCAGCGCCGCCUGCUCUUCCCUGAUGAACUUUCCGAAAAUGGUACCCACUACACUUUUGUGUUGGACGUGCUAGAGCCGGACACACGGUAUGCCUGCUUGCUGCGCACUUUCGGUGGUGAUCUCAGCCAAGAGGCACGCAGCGAUCUGCUCUAUGUGCAGACAGAACGGGACAUACCACAGCCCCCGCUGCUGGAACUUGUAAGGAAAACGGAUAGUUCGCUGACAGUGCGGCUGAAGAGUCAUGACCACCACCACUAUAUACUGACUGUAUACGAGCUGGCAGACGAUGAAGCGUAUGUGGAUAGCCGCGAUUACUGCCACCAGCCGUCGUACAUAUGGCAAGACAUGGACGGCGAAGAAUGGCGAGCGUUCGAAGACUACGAUGAUUGCUGCGCACACCAGAGGGAGAUGGCUGACGAUAGUCACUUCAUUGAUGAGAUGCGAAAGCAGUAUCGCUGCAGCCUCGACAACCAUGAUCAUUGUCAAGAUGUGGACCAGCAGCAGACGGGUCUGAUGAGGGUGCAACUCCCCUUCAAUACCUCGGAAUACGAACUGCGCCACCUGCAGCGGUAUCGACUCUACUCACUACAGCUUCAGGCCUGCAGCGAUCUGGGAUGCAGCAGCCAUACCACUCUCAACACGCGCACCAACUACACACUGGGAGCGGAUCUACUGACCCAAUUGACAGCCUGUCGUGUCCCAGACACAAAUAAGUACGUCCUUCGAUUUGACGAGCCCGCCCAACCGAAUGGCCAAGUGGUCAGCUAUGUUCUGCACUAUCGCAACAAUCUAUCCGACAGCCAUAUGAGCUGCCUGACUAGGCUGCAGCACGCCACUGCCGGGUAUGUGUACGUCUCACAGCUGAACGUUUCGUUCAGCGAAUGUGCCGUGCGGGUGCACUCCCUUGCCGGUGACGUGCUAACGCCUUAUGUGGCAAUCACCUGGUGCAGUGAUCAGGAGCAACUACUGCCUCACAGUAGACCGACAAAGCAGCUGCUCAACACAUCGCUAGAUGUCUCACAGCUAAAAGUAGCCUCGUCCCAUUCACGCGGCGUAAGCAUAUUCUUGGUUUGCUUCCUCUUCGGCUGCUCGCUGUCGCUUAUGUGGCUUUUGUAUAAACGCCGGUGCUGGCGAAAACUGCCUGGACUUCGCCGCUAUGUGCCCGUUCGAGAGCAGUGGUUGCGAGAGCGCCAUCACACGGAAGAUCGCGAGAUCCUUGUCGACGGCUUUGAAACGGUUCGUUUCCAGAACAGCAACAGUAGUCCGGAUGAUUAUCGAAUGUAAGCAUAAAACGGAAAUAAAAUGUCAACUUACGAAUAUCAUAA